UUUUAAUUAGUAUUGAGAUAUUGGUGCUAUAUGAAUGAAGCAUUGCCGCAAAAAACACAGAAUUGUAAUCAACCCUUCUACUCUGCUCGCUGAGAAAAACCCACUGUCACUCUCUUGAGCUCUGCCUCUAUAUUUUCCACACAAAAAUCAAACAUGAGGUCCCUAAAUUCCUUUGAUAUUUUAAAAUGCAGCCGCCAUCCUCCUGUCAAGUGGGCUCAGAGAUCUGAUGAGGUAUACAUAACUGUGGAGUUGCCUGAUGCCCAGGAUGUGAAGCUGAAACUGGAGCCAGAAGGAAAGUUUUACUUCUCUGCGACCACUGGCGCAGAAAAGAUACCUUAUGAAAUUGACAUUGACCUGUUUGACAAGGUUGAUGUAAAUAAUAGCAAGGUUAGUGUCGGCUCGAGAAAUAUCUUCUACUUAGUGGCAAAGGCUGAGGACAAAUGGUGGGACAGAUUGUUGAAGCAAGGAGGGAAACCUCCUGCCUUUUUGAAAGUUGAUUGGGAUAAGUGGGUGGAUGAAGAUGACGAGGUGGACGAAGACGGUAAAAUGGGAGCCGAUAUGGACUUUGGCAACUUCGAUUUAUCUAAAUUGAGCUUGGGUGGAGGUGAGGAACUGGAUACCGAGGCGACCAACAAUGCUGAUGAUGAUGAGAGCGACACCGAAGAUGAGGUAACAGGACAAACAUCAAUUGAUAAUGAAGCUGACACAAAAGAAAAGGUGGAUGGCAGUCCUAGUUCUGCACCUGAAGCUAAAGCUUAAAAACUUGGAGAUGGGAACCUUGUCGUAGUAGCUUUCAUUGUAAAGACUUGGGAGACUUCUUCUGAUCUUAGGUUACUGGCAUGUUUACUCUUUCAGCGUUUUGACAUUUGGAUUCUCAUCAAGAGAAGCUAGGUAUAUAGGAAUUGGCCAUACAUAGUAUCUUCAGAGAUCAGACAGUGUUAUGUGUAUUUGGGUUGGGGAUGGUCGGUUUGGAAAAAUUCUUCGUUUUUGGAUAAAGUAGCUAUAAGAACAAAUAUGUUUACGCAUUACUGACCUUUAUAGUUGAUUUUUGAGCCAAUCACACUGUUUUUAUUCUGGUGCCGCACA